AUGAAUGUUUUACCGAGUUACGACGAAGAUUUGCAUCAAGAAGCUAGCAACAUGGCGCACGAGCACACCGCGCCACCUAUGGACAUUGCGCUCUUGCUUCAGGAAAUUCGGUCCGGGAAUCAAGCCCUGAGUGACAAACUGGACAAACACACGACAGAGAUCAACCAGUCUAUCUCGGGGCUAAAGACAGCACUCGAUGGUUUAAAGUCCCGUGUUAAUGAAACGGAGGACCGCAUAGGAGCAGUGGAGGAUGAGCUGAGUGACGUGAGCGCCCAGGUGGCCAAACUUAUAAAAGACAAGACAUUCUUAAUGGAUAAAGUUGACUCACUCGAGAACUACAGCAGGCGCAACAACAUUCGUUUAAUAAACCUGCGGGAAGGUUGUGAAGGUAAUGACCCAGUGGCUUUUUUUACCAACUGGCUCCCAAUCAUACUCGGACGUGAGGAGUUCGCGGGACCGCUCAUGAUAGAGCGAGCGCACCGAACACUCGGUCCGAAACCAUCCGCAAGCGAGAGACCCAGACCUGUGCUGAUCCGGCUGCUGAACUACCAAGAUCGGGAGAAAAUACUACGCACUGCUGCAAAGCGAUACAAGGAAAACAAGAGUCCUAUAACGUACGAGGACAGACCUCUUAUGUUUUUCCCUGAUUUAAGCCCGAACCUGGUGAAGCGGCGUAAGGAGUUCGACCAUGUGAAGGGAGAGCUGCGCUCCAGGAAUAUACAGUACUCACUAUUACAUCCUGCAACCCUGAGGAUAACGCUCGCCGAUGGGAAACGGAAAAUCUUCCAAACACCGGGAGAAGCAGCAGCUUUUCUAAAGGAAUAG